GCAUGGCAAGAUUGAUUGCAUCGAAGUGAAGUGUAUUGAAAGCAACUAACAUGAUUAAUUCCAUUGAUGAACACAAUGAACCACUAAACAAAUUUGGUUCGAGACAUGUGCAAGUCUUUCUGUUAUUCCUGGGAAUGGCAAUAGCAUAUACGCUUAGAGUUUGUAUGUCAGUUGCACUCGAAGCUAUGACUGAUAAUAAAAGUGAAAGCAGCUUUCCGAUAUAUGAAUGGAGUACAGAUAAAAAAAGUAUGAUUCUAAGUUCCUUCUUCUGGGGAUAUGUAUUAACACAAAUUCCUGCUGGACAAAUAGCAAACAGUCAAAGUGCUCAAAAACUUUUGGCUUGUGGAAUAGGGAUUAGUGCGAUUAUUAACUUGUUUACGCCGUUUUUAGCUCAGUAUGGUUACAUUCCAGUUGUUGCUAGUAGAAUUGCCAUGGGUUUGGUUCAAGGCUGUUUGUUGCCUUGCGUCCAGACUUUACUAUCACGAUGGGUACCACCAUUAGAAAGAGCUCGGCUAGGUUCGUUGGUAAUGAAUGGACCCCAAUUCGGUACUGUUAUCACAAUGCCAAUAUCUGGUGCCGUGGCUGCAUCGAGUAUUGGAUGGCCCAGUGUAUUUUAUAUUUUUGGAGCGGUCGCAAUUGCUUGGAGUAUUUUGUUCUUUCUCUUAGGCGCAGAUCGUCCGUCUGACCACCCAAGAAUUUGUCCCAAAGAGGCUAAUUACAUUAAUAGUAGUCUCGGUAAUAUAAAUAAAGUUGAACAACUCUCGAAAUCGAAAAUACCUUGGAAAUCUUUAUUAACAUCUCUACCAAUGUGGUCACUAAUUAUUGUCCACUCUGGGCAUAAUUGGGGGUUUUACUUACUUCUCACAAAAUUGCCAGCUUACAUGAAAAAUGCACUUAAUUAUGACAUUUCAAAUAGUGGCAUGGCAUCAGCCAUACCAUACUUGGCCAUGUGGAUCCUAGGUUUUCCAAUUAGUUAUGUUUGCGAUUAUGCACUCCGUCACAAUGUUUCUCUUAUUGUUGUGCGUAAAAUCAGCAACACCAUCGGUCUCUGGGUACCGACUGUUGCCCUGAUCAUUUUGUCGUUGAUUACGACCAACAAUUCUAUCAUUCUCGUUGCAAUUCUGGCUAUAGCUAUGGGAUUCAAUAGUGGUAUUACUUGCGGUUUUCAAAUCAAUCAUAUUGAUUUAAGUCCUAACUUUGCUGGAAUUAUGAUGUCUAUGACCAACGGAGCAGCUAAUAUUUUCGGUAUAAUUGCACCUUUAGUCUGUGGGGUUGUCGUCACCAAUGAGGCCGACUCCUCGCAAUGGCACAUUAUGUUUUACAUUACAGCCGGAAUUUACUUCGCAACGAAUUUGGUCUUUAUAAUCUUUGGCAGAGGAGAAAUUCAGUCGUGGAAUUAUUCUGAUAAUGAACCAAUACCCGAUCAAACUAGAAAAGUUUCCGUGAUUUCGAUAACCGGAGAACCAAUCUCAGUAACCGUUCCAGAGAAAAUCAACGAAGAAGAAAUUAAAACACUGUGUUAA